UGACAAAUCGGUGUGACAAAUAGCCCCACCGGCGUUUGUCAUCAUGUUUUGUUGUGUUUCGUAACAAAUUCAAUGGAUUUGUUCCAUAAAGCGUUGAAAACAAUACUUUCGUUAUCAUGAUUGUGAUAAGGCACCCCAAAUGCUAUUAAAGGCGUGUUGGUAGUGGACGGUUUUAGUUACAAAAUGCGCAUAAUUAGAACAAUGCAAAUCAGAAAAGUGUUUCUUCUGGCCAUUUCUUCAGCCUUUGGUAUUCUGAUGUUACUUAUAGUAACACGGGACUCUCCAAUAAAUGACAUCGACCGAAAAUUCCGAUUGGAAAAAAUCGACGAACUGAUUCACUCACAGGCGAGCUCCCUGGCUUGCAAACAGCCCAACUUGCCGGUAUUUUCCCCCGAAAUGAUGAAAUUCGUCCAUGAGGAGCCCCCAAUUGACUGUUCAUCGGCAGGGCCGGACUGGGUCAAAUGCCAAGGUAGCGAGUGUCGAAUCCAGGACGAAAUUAAGGCGAGACACGGACGCGUCACUUGUUCUUUCACUGAUAUAAUCCGAGUCAAUGAUUUUGAGUCAACCAGUGGGGAAACAACCUACUCAGACUCCUACUAUAAACUCGAAGCGAGCGAUGUAGUCAAAGUUUCGUGUCGGGGGCAAAAGGCCCAAUGGUCGGCGACUUUGACCGGAAUUCGCCUCGAUAAAAAAAUUUGGGAGAAUACUAGUUGGAGUAAACUACCCUCGGACGCUGUGAAGUUCAACGUUUUGAUGUUCGGUUUCGACUCAAUUUCGCGCAACUCUUUCGUGCGAAAGUUGCCCAAAAGCUACAAGUUUUUGACUGAAAUAUUGCACGGGGACGUUCUACAAGGGUAUAACAUAAUCGGGGACGGAACCCCGCAAGCCCUAAUACCGAUUUUAACGGGGAAGACCGAACUGGAACUCCCUGAUACGAGAAAACGGUUCGCAAACACGAAAUUCGUGAACUCGUACCCGUUUAUUUGGAAUGAGUACAAGAAGGCGGGAUACGUGACUGGUUACUUUGAGGAUGUGCCCGAACUGGGGAUUUUUACAUAUCGCCUAAAUGGUUUCAAUGAAACUCCAACUGAUCACUACAUGCGGCCGUAUUACCUCGCUUCGUUGGGGGAAAGACGCAAAUGGCCAAGACUUUGUACCGGGGAAAUACCGAGGCAUCAAGUCAUGUUCAAUCAGAUGAAAAAUUUUUUCACAGUUUAUAAACAAAAACCCAAGUUUUUGUUUGGUUUUCAUGGAGAGUUGUCACACGAUGAUUAUAAUUUGGUGGGGGUUGCUGACGACGAUUUCUACAAGUUUUUACAGUUUCUGAAGGAGUCGGGGGUUUUGGAUGAUACCAUUUUGAUUAUUAUGGCAGAUCAUGGGCACAGAUUUGCAGAAAUCAGAAAUACGAUUCAAGGUAAACAAGAGGAACGUUUACCAUUUUUCUCAUUUACGUUUCCCGAAAGUUUCAAAAAUCACUUCAAACAAGCUUACGAAAAUUUUCAAAAUAACAUUAAUAAGUUAUCAACCCCGUUUGAUAUCCAUUUUACGUUGAAAAGUUUGCUGGAAUUGAACGAUAUUGGGGAGGCAAAUAUCAAUUAUAGAGCAGUGUCACUGUUUACAAAGAUUCCGGCCGAGAGGAGCUGCUCCCACGCGUACAUUGAGCCCCACUGGUGUGCGUGUCUCGACUGGGAAAAAAUCCCCCUUUCUGACCCGAUAGUAAAACGAAUAUCAAAUUUACUAAUUUCCACUUUAAACGAUUACACGAAACCGCACCGCCACAUAUGUGAGGUGUUAUCAGUGUCUGAUAUUGAAUGGGUGAUGAAAAUGACACCCAAUGAAAACCUCAUAAAGUACAAUAAAAACGCCGACUUGGACGGUUUUGUUGCCGAUUUGUCGGCGAAAAUGCGAAUCAAAACGAAUAUGUAUCAAAUUAAAGUGGUUGUGACGCCUGGAGAUUCAGUUUUUGAAGCCAGUGUGACGUAUUACAUUGAUGAAGAUAAGUUGAAUCUUAAAAUGAGUGAUAUCAGUCGAGUCAACAUGUAUGGAAAACAAGCGAGGUGUGUGGAGGAUAAUCUACCAGAUUUGAGAAAGUUUUGUUAUUGUAAAGAUUGAAAAAUAUUGCUCAGUGUUUGAGUGACUAAAACUACAAAUGUGAGUGUAGGGGGCAGCACCAGAACAAAUCGUUUUCUUUAUCAGUAUUUCAAGUUGCAGCACUUUAUAAAAGGGACAACUUGAAUUGUUUUACAUGAUCAAUUACAUAAUUGUUUUUGUUUUUAUUAACUGUUUAUUUUGUACAUAAUAUAAUGAUUUUCAAAAAAAAA